AUGGACAUCGUGCCGUUUGUAACGGCCGCGGGCAACAACGAUGACGGUGGUAUUGGUGGUAGAACGGAGCAGGAAGCGAACCAGUACUUCUUGCAUUUGUUGCAGGAGAAUACUCAGGUGAACUUGUUCCUGAAUGACCCCCGCAUUCAAAGUGCCUUGGAGCUUCGCGCGGAACAACGACAUCGAUUUGCAUUGGACAACGUGUACGCCGAAGCCAACGCAUACAUUGCACACCUAGAGGCAACAGCGGAUGCGAAUCAUCGUCAACAGCUAGCAUUUGUGAGCCAAUCCACACACCUGUUGGUGGGACAGCUACACAAUGAAGUACGAGUGCUAGAGACAAUCGCCCGAGCAGAACGACAAUCAGCCAAUGAGCUGCAGGCACAGCUGGCACGCGCACAAAGGGAAAGUCAUGAUGAAAGGUCUAUGGCCAUGCAGUUUGAUGCACAUCGGUCCGAGCUGGAAGCAGCAGCGCGCACGCUCACUGCGGAAAACAGACAGCAUGAACGCCGUUUCGCGGAAUUGCGCUCGAGUAUCGAAGAAAACCACAGUGAGAUGAUUGCCUUUUUAGGGUCUGAGUUUGAGGAAAAGCUUCAAUGGGAAGAAAACGAGUACUACCAUAGGCUAACCUCUGAGGCACAGCAGUACGAUAGCUUGGUUGAUGACCUGCAGGACAGGAACGCGGAGCUUAUAGCUGAGGUCGACUCACUCAGGACUGUCUUGUCGACAGCGGAGAGUAGCCCACCGCAAGGUGGUGCCGUGCCGGUGAAAGUCGAUCCCAGUGAGAGCUCCAAGCUUCAACCAAGCCCACCGCAAGGUGGUGCCGCAGCGACAAGCCCUGCUACGCUUUCCAGCGUGGGAAGUGCCCACGAGGUGAUAAGUGGAGGUAAAGGCGGUAAAGGUGGGGAGAAGAAGGAUACCUCCAAGAUUCCUUGCAUCUUUUACCCCAAAGGCACCUGCAAGAACGGUAAGAAUUGCCCAUUCAUGCACAAGGAUGCUGCUCCCUCUGUCCCGGCCAAAGGCGAUAAGGCUGGCAAGGACGGGAAGAGAUCGCCCUCCGGCAAGCGCAGGCGACCCAGUAAGAAAAGGCCAAAGAGUGAGGACAAGCCAGCCGCUUGCUGUCUUUCCCUCACAGCCACCCUCACGGGUGAGCCACCGGCCGAUGCUGUGAAGGCCUACGCAGUAGCAGCCCGCAAGGGCCCUGCCGGAAAGCCCCGAAGCAGGAAAGUCCAGUUCCUAAGGCCAGAAAUCAUUGACAUCCCGCCUGAGGGUGAAGGCUGGAGCUUCGUACCAGACAAGCACAAGUUCGAAUUCAGGUACAAGUCUGCGGAGCUAUGCCCACCAUCAAUUCCAGAGGACACCGAAGAAGCUUUGCAGAAUGCCCGUGUCGGGGUAGAGAAGGAUUCUGCAUUCACUGCAAAGAAGCAAUUCCCCUGCCCCAACUUGCUGCAGCGGACCAUUGAUGGCAUGCUUAGCAGCAAAGUCCUCAGUCCAGCUGGCGCGGCAGAAGAUCCCAUCGAAAAGAUGGCGAAUUGCAUUCCUCCCAUUCCUGGGGUGGAAACGAGGUAUAGAAUCCGGACUACUUGGGGAUUCAAGGAUGACGUGUGGUCUUUGUUGGAGGAUUCAGUCAACAUUGAUGAAUUGGACGGAAUCUAUGGGGAAGCGCAAGCCGACAGCGAUGUCGAGCCAUACACAAUGCCAAAGUCUAAGAAGGAUGAAGGGGGGGGAUACGAUGAAGCCACAAUUCAGGCACAACUUAGCGAAGACCUGGAUGAAAUGUUCCCAGAGCUAUUUGGUCCUGAUCGUGAUAAAGAUCCUCCGCCGAAGGACGCGAAAGAAGCCACCCGCAAGGGUGAGUCAAAGUCUGAUUCCCGUGCAGCAUUGCUUGAUGAUGUUCCGUUCUCUGUGAAGCAGAAGCUGAAGUCCAGCGCAGCAGUAGCAGCGCAAGAACCACCGUAUGGUUAUACGUGGAGUGGGGAAUGUUUGGUCAAGAAGAACAACAAGAACCGCCCUAACGCUAUUGAUCAUACUGCAUGGAAGGCUAUGUCGAAAAGACAAAGAACAACAGCAAUUGCAGAACAUGAGAAGAAGCUACAUGAGGAGAAUGAGGCACUGUAUCGUGAAGCUGUAAAGGCGGAUUGGUGGGACGGCGAAACCUACUUCGACCUCGCAGGCCGGGAACAGUCUGAUUUCGAGCUGGCAGUUGCAGCUGCCCGCAAGGGCAAGCCGGUUCGUAACAAGUCUGAGGCUAAAAAGGAGGCGAAGCAGAGCAAGUUUGUUACAUUGUCGCAAGACGUUAAAGAGAAGCCCGGCGCAAUGACCAAGCCAGUCACUCGCAUCACGUACGAUAUGAAGGACUUUCUCGACUCUUGCGUUGAUCGGUACUGCGAGCUUGCUAAGGUUGGGCAUUUCAAGUUACUGAAUGUUGGUACAGCCGAACAAGUGGCGGAUGUGUUCACGAAGCCUUUCACUGAAAAGAACAAGUGGACGCAUGCCUUGAAGCUUAUUGGACAUACAACCAGCGCGAACGUAGCCGGGUGCAAACCCGAGUCGAAGGUCGAGGUUGACAACAAGGUUUCGGUAGCAGCAGCUCCGGAUGCAUCAAAGGUUGUCGAGGACUUCGCUCAACAAUCGUUCGAGGCUAACGAUUACAGUUUCAAGACCUUCGAAAAGCUAGCUGGGCUUAUUCGUACCAAUCUCAAGGCAUCGCUGGCAAAACCGCGGGCAUUGAUGGCUUCUGAGAACCUAUCCAAAUACUUGGUGUUCGGCGCUUGGGUCCAUGGUGGGUGCUUUGGUAUUACCAACCGCACAAAACAUUAUCCAUGGAUUUGCAGGUAUGUGAAUGGAUUUGUUAAGCAAUCAUCUCCGAAAGGGUUUACAUGGACUUCGUUCGUGUUCAACUUCAAUGGCAAGGCCCGCAUCCACACGGAUAAGUACAAUCAGAAAGAAUCGUACAACCUGACGUUCUCCUUCGGUAACUAUACAGGGGGGAUGGCAGCCAUCGUUGUGAGCGACGAGUUCUGCAGGGUCAACACCUCCGAAGCAGACAGGAAUGGGGUUACCAAGGCCAUGAAAACCAUUCUCCAAUCCGCCGCCCUCAACAACGAUAUCAUUUCGCUCGGCGCCGAUCAUGAGAGCCAGCUCUUGGAGUCGGCGUACAGCUGCGUAUCCACACAAUGCGCGGCUGGGGUAUCCUUGACCCAUGCCGACGCAACCUGUGUGGCUCUGCGCCAGAUGGCUGACCUCAGUGACGAGGGACUCGCCAAGUUGAAGCCAACCGCAAGGUUGAGCCCCAAGGCCAAGCGAGCCAUCAUAGUCGUGUCAGACAGCUCCACUGCACUUUGCAAGAAGAACAGGCGGGGAGUGUUCGUUAAGGCCGACUUGGAUGCGGAAGUGAACAUCGCAAGCUUUACGCUGGGAUGGGCACAGACUCGCUAUACCAUGUGUUGGGGUAAAACCUUGGCGUGGAUUGUCUGGCAGGUCGAGGAGCAUGUGAAGGAGCUCAGGAGCAACUAUCCGGACCACACCAUCGACAUAAUCUGCUGGUGGUGCGGGAACGAGAUCUCCGGCCAGUGGGGCUGCAUCCCCACGCGGCUAGGACCGGGACUCGCCUACAGAGAUCCCAAUGUCACAACGGAGACCGUCGCACGGAAAGUGAGAAGGGCAGCGGAUGUUUUAGCCGCCCUCGCGGGCGAGCCGGACAUUGGUUUUGUGAAGGUGAUUGGGCAGGUGGAGGCGGACUUGUUCCAACUCCACUCAGCCUACAACGACUUCAAUGCCGCUAUGUUCGAAGAGUUCAGGCAGCGCGGUCUGCAAGUGCAAACCGCAAGCUCCUUGGUCGAAAAGCUGGAAAUGUAUGACAGCUUUCACGCCAGCGAAGACCCUCGCAACCGCGAGUUAUUCCAGACCUACUUGCAUGCGACUAUCAAUGCAAGCAGGAGCGAAUGGCUUGCCCAGAAGAUGGCACCCUGUGUCAGGGCUUUGCUUGUUCGCUAUGAGCACUUUGAGACUGGCUCUGAUGCCAACAAUCCAGUGCUCGAGGAUGUCUUCAAGCAGUGGCGUGCAGAGAAGGACCAGCUGAUGAACCCGAAACAGGCCAAGCCAAUGCCGGUCACCCAGGAGGACAAGAUGUGGGAAGCCCCAGAUGCCGCUGACGCAAUCGACGUCAAUAAGAUCUCCGAGGGGCCACCCAUGGAUAAAGCCAUCCGCAAGGAUGUGCCAAGGAUCGGUGCAACCACGGACGUCAGUGCUGUGGCGGAAUGCGUCAAUGACAUCGUCACCCAGGACGCAGACGGCAAGGUGUCCUACAACACCCCGGGCACGGUGGAGCUGGUGGACGAGGGCGACCAGGUCGACCCUAUCCCCUCAUCGAUUGGACGUGUUGUUGAGCCAGCGCCUCCGAAGAAGACUAAGAAGUCUGAUCGAGACGAGGAUGCCAUGCGAAGGCUCAUGUUCAUCGAUGAAAGCGCCCCGCAAGGGGCUGCCACUGUGCCAGAGCUUCCAAAUGAGUACUUCUACAAUGGCAAGAAGCACUUGAUGAAGCCCUUCAACCCGGAGGACAUUGUAGGAGACAGGCACGUGACAUUCAAACACGGAGACCUGAAGUUUCUCACCAAGCUGCUGCGUGGCCAUGAAAUGGACGACUUCCCUGCAUUGAUCUUUGACCGUGGGUGCUGGACAGACGUUGACACUCUGCUCCAGGUCUUCAACACGGCACGGGGCGCACGCUGGGGUGUGAGGCAGCUGCUACGCGCAGCGAAAGCCGAUAAUAAGGGACGGAUCAGACUUUUGGGCAUUGACGUCCCAAUGAAGGACACCCUGGGUCAACCGCUAUUCCCUGUCAGAGUGAGAAUGGCCCAAGGGCAUAACUCCAAGCUCAUCGGCAAUAACCCGGACGCGGACUUCUUCCUUGCGACCAGGUUCUACAGCGGAUUGUCCGAGUACGAGGCCGACCUGCAGAGCAGCGUCAGGGGGGUCACUGUGCUCUCCCGCGAGGAUACCCCCCCAAAGCUCUUCCACCGCACGAACGAAAAGGGAAUGAAGGGUAUCCUCCGCGAUGGAAUGAUCGCCGGCUCCGCGAGGUCAGACAGGUCCCACAACUACCUGUCCCCGUACAAGUUGGACGACACCCACUACAAGAGUGGAAUGCGCUCCAACCAGCCGAUCGAGCUGACGAUAGACACGCAGCGAGCAAUCGCCGCUGGAUGCGUUUUCUUCGUCACGGAGACCGACGGCGUCCUCACACGGGACAAUGUGCCUCCCGAUUGCGUGCUGUCCGCCAUCGACACCAGCAAAAAGAACCUCCCGCUCUACGUCGCCGAGCACAAAGAAGCCGCCCGCGAGGGUGAGCCAGAGCGCAUUUUCCGCGCAAAGCGCGACUAUGAGGAGGCCGCAGCAGCAAGCUCAUCAUCGGCACCGCCCCCAAAACAGGCGGCUAUCGCUCCCAAAGCGAUUGCUUCAAAGAAGAUGCCGAAGGUGGUUCCCAAGCCCGCCGCAAUCGCCGAAAAGGACGAAAGCAUGGACUUGGAUGAAGCCACCCGCGAGGGUGAGCCUGCUGAUGCUGCUGGUGCAUUCGACCUUGACGAAACCAAGGUUGAGGUUGAGGUCGAAGUCGAUGAAGGCGAUACAACGGAUGCGGGUGAGGAUGAGCCGUACCCACUUGGCUCUCACCCAUGCCGCGAGUGCGCAGCAGUCGUUGCCAAUGGCAUGCUGUUUUGCCUCCGUUGCAAGGCUCCCCAAACGGAUGACUCCAAGAAAAUCACAAAGCGAGUCUUUGAGAAUUCGAGACUCCGCCAGCGCCUUCUUGCCACCGCUGCGACUGGUGCCCAGAAGCCCAUCGAUGAUCUCCUCGCGAGUGACCUUCGAGGCCUGGGCGAGGGACCAAAGAAACGUGGUCAGAUGAGCGCGGAGGCCGCCGCCAUUCGUGACGCCAAAGACCGAAAGAUCAGGGCCGCCAAGUUGAACUUUGACACCGUGUCCGACCGCUUCGAGAAGGACGCGCAGUUCAACGUGAGAAUGAUGCAAGAGGGCCGCAGCCUUGAGGACAUGCAGAAAUUCGAUCACCUGUCGAACGCUGUGCUUCCCGAUCCAGGACGCAGUGAGGAGCAGCGCUACUUGCGUGCUGGCUCCCAUUAUGGUGGUGGCAAUGUCCCGCCUGCGAAGCUGGUCUAUUAUGCCCACUGCGAAGUGGAGCCGUUGAGGAACUUGCGGUUUAUCGAUGAUACCGCGGAUGUCCCCAUCGGCUUGACCUACCUCGGUGCAUUCCUCCCUCCGCGACUCUAUGCUGAGGUGGCAGCAGUGAACGACGCUGCAAAAAGGAUCCUGACUUUCGACGGCGAAGUCUAUGUGUCGGCUACCACAAUUGAAGGCAUCACAACUGAGAUCGGACAGAUUCUUACCGAUAGCCUCCGUAGUGCUCAGGACCAGACAGACCAAACGGAACGUCUGGCAGAGCGCAAUCGCCAGGCUGCAGUCCAGAACCGCCCAUCCCAAAAGGGACGUGGUCGCACGACAGCACCUGAGCCCAUGUACAGAGGCUAUACUCAGGCCCAGUGGGACGAGUACUAUCGCCAGCGUCGUGGAGGUUACACUCAGGCCGAGUGGGAUGCAUGGAACCGCACCCAUAGGCGCUGA